CAUUUCUCAAAACCGGAGUCUUAGCUUCAUCAUCUUCUGUGUGUGUGUAUCUUGUUCUUCUUCUUCUCCUGGUGCCAUGUCCAGAAUUCAUCCAAGCCAUAAUCAUCAUCAAGGGCAGGAUCAGUCCAUGUCCAAAGAGAAGACUCAUCCUUAUGUUCUCACGGUGUGGAAGAGAUCCACCAUGACCUUCCAGGGCACCGACGGCUUCACCGUCUUCGAUCACCAUGGAAAGCUAGCUUUCCGAGUCGAUAACUAUUCCAGAAACAACUCCACCGCCAUCCUCAUGGACGGCGCCGGCAAGGCCUUGCUUACCCUCAAGCCUCAGAUAUUCAGCAUGCAGUGGCAUGCAUACAGAGGAGAAGGAUGUUGCAGAAGAAGAAAAAGCAGUGAGAGAGGCGAAAAGCCAAAAGCGUUGUUCAGCAUGAGAUCAAGUGGGUCAAUGGUGUUUAAUGGAGGAUCAGGGGACGAUGAAGAAGCUCAAGUGUUCAUGGGACCAACAUCAUCAUCAUCAUCAUCAGGUUGCAAGGCUCAUGAUGACACACCGGAUUUCAAGGUACAAGGAUGUUUCAGGAGGAGAAACUGCGUGAUCAGGAACAGCCAAGGAGAAAUCGCUGCCAGGAUUUCUAGGAAGAGAGUGAAGAACAAGACGGUUGUUCUUGGCGAUGAUGUUUUCAACCUCGUUGUUCAACCUGGAUUUCAACCUCAACUCAUGAUGGCCUUUAUCAUUGUCUUGGAUCGCAUCCAUAAUAAGCACUACUAUACUCCUCUCUUGUGUUCUUAACACACACACACACACACAUCAAUCUCAUGUAUAAGUACAACUUCCUACAAGAACAGGCAUGGCUUAUUACUUUGCUCUUAAUCAUGAGUGAUUUAAUGACUUCUGUUUCAGAGUCUUGACUCAAA